AUGGAGCAAAAGCAGCUCGAAGGAGAUCGUAACGUGAAUCGGUGGCUAAUGCUUUUUUCCGGUGGGCUGAUCUUCUUCAUGCAGACUGGCUUUGCGAUGCUUUGCGCUGGUUGCGUGCGCAAAAAGAACGUUCAAAAUACGAUGCUUAAAAAUCUUUUGGAUGCCUGUGGAGCUGCUCUAGGCUUUUUCCUACUAGGCUACGCUUUUGCGUUUGGCGGACAAGACGACCGGGACGAUGUUACUUUCAUCGGAACUUCCAACUUUCUAAACACCGGAAAAGUCGAUAUGUCCUUCUGGUUUUUCCAGUUUGCAUUCUCGGCCACUGCCGUGACUAUCGUCGCAGGAACUUUGGCAGAGCGUUGCCAAAUGGUAGCAUACCUUUGCUAUUCCAUAUUUUUGACAGGUUUUGUGUACCCGGUUGCCGCCCACACAAUUUGGUCUCGCAACGGCUUCCUCAGCAGCACAGCAGUAGACCCUUUUCAAGGUGUGGGAGCGAUUGAUUUCGCCGGAUCCGGUGUGGUUCAUGUGACGGGAGGAACCACGGCUCUCGUCGCCACAUAUAUUCUUGGAGCUAGAAAAGGUCGUUUCUACGACAAUCGCGGUCGCCAGCUGGAGACGCCAAAGUCCUUUCCGGGGCAUUCAGUUGCUCUGCAGCUACUUGGUACAUUCGUAUUGUGGUUUGGAUGGUACGGCUUCAAUCCUGGAUCAGCAUUGCUGCUGGCCCACACUUCGGAUACGGGUUUCGUGGCAUCCCGAGCGGCUGUCAAUACCUCGCUUUCAGCUGCUUCCGGAGCCGUAUCGGCACUGAUGACAAAUAUGUUUAUGGAAGAGCGUUCCACCGGCGAAUACUCCUUUAACAUUAUCAUGGCCAUGAAUGGCGCCUUAGCUGGUCUAGUGUCAAUUACAGCAGCUUGUGGUACCGUACAAAACUGGGCAGCCCUUUGCACUGGAUGUAUUGGAGGUCUUAUCUACUUGUGGGGUUCCAAAACGCUGGUUCGUUUGAAAUUGGACGAUGCUGUUGACGCGAUUCCAGUGCACAUGUUUGCAGGUGGCUGGGGAUUGCUUGCUGUGGGUUUGUUAAGUGAUCCUGACCUCAUGCACAUUGCCUAUGGGACUGGCAAUCAUCCUGGUUUAUUGUAUUCUUGGGGGUUAGGGGAGUUUAACGCCAUCUUGCUGAGCAAUCAAGUGUUGGAACUAGUUUUCGUGGCGGGAUGGGCUUUUGGUACCAUGACGCCUUUCUUUUUGUUCAUCAAUCGUAUGGGAUGGUUCCGGUCGGACAGUUUGGAGGAGUUGGUCGGUUUGGAUGAGGCCUACCACGGAGGU